AUGGAGUGCUGUGUACUUCUAAAAUACACCACCAACACGGCCGUGUCCCAUCUUCAUCAGCUUGAUGAGACGCCUGUUGGUCCCGGUGUGAAUGAUGAUGGGAGAAAAGUGAAAAAGCAGAGAGGAGCUUCUGGAGGUGGCCUUUUGGGAGAGCUGAGAAUGAUGGACAGAAAAAGGAGAUCUGGAAAAUAUGACCUGGUCGAGGCUGAGAAGAAGUUCAAGUGUGAGGCGGGAACAUAUCAGAGACGUGAUAAUGCUCCAGCUUCAGAAGGCCCUCCUGCUGCUGAAGAACAGCCAGAGCAGGACGUCCUGGGCAAGGGCCACAUCAUGAGAAAUUAUAAAAUCGGUCCCAAGCUGGGUUCAGGCGGAUUUGGUUUGGUGUGUGAAGGAACCCGCAAUGAGGAUGAACUCAAGGUGGCUGUGAAAUUUUCAGUGAAGGCACCAAACAUGCCAAACAUCUCAGUGCCUGGUCAUCCCAAUCGCCUGCCGUUGGAGAUCGGCUUGACACUCAUGGCCAAUAAGGGCCCCAGCGCUCCUCAAAUAAUUCAACUGCUGGACUGGGAAGAGGAGACGGACCACUACAUUAUGGUUAUGGAGCGGCCCUCACCUUGCAUGGAUCUGCUUAGUUUCAUGGAGCUCCACGGAGGAAUCUCUCGAGCGCGCGGCGCGCGAUCGUCAUGCGGCAGGUCAUUUGUGCCGCUAAGGCUUGCUUUGAGAAGGGUGUCUUCCAUCGGGACAUUAAACCGGAGAACCUGCUGGUGA